CUCUCUCUCUCAGUAGACACAUAAAAACAGAGCGUUGCAAAUUCCCUCUCGCUCUAUUUGCUCCUUCGGCCUCAUUCAGCUUCUUCCUCUCAUCUCUUACUUCAGAGAGCUUCCAUCUUUAAUUUCAAUCAAAGCAUUUAAAGUCAUCUCUCAAUUCUCUGCGACAUUUAUUUUCUCCCAAAUCUCCAGUAGGCACACUUUGUCUCUUCGUCGCAAUUAUUAUGUAUUGCCCAAUGCCUCCAAACUUCUUUCUGGAUUUCGCCAUUUUUCUCAAAUUUCAAUCUCUCUGCUCCUCUUCUUCUUUUUCUGCUGCUGCUGCUGCUGCUCCUCUCUGAUUGAAAUAAUCGUUGCCCUAUUCUUUGACUUUCGAGGCCAGCUUACAAGGGAACUUCAUCAAUUUGCAAAAUGCAGUCCCUUAUAUAUAUGCCUCUUUUUUGUUUCGUUUCUCUUCUGUGAGUUUGGUUCCCAGGUUUCGGAUUCGCGAAUCGUCUCUUCUUCCUUCGCUUUUCGAGUCUCUAAGAGGCAGUGAAAUUUCUUGAGGUUUCGGUCUCUUUCUUGCGAAACUUUUCCGCUUGAUCAUGUCGUGUUGCUGCGGAAGCUCGCUCACGAAUUUUGAACGGUUUCUUCAACGUAUCACUCCGGUAGUUCCUUCGAAGACUGUUUCACAGAACUGCAUUAGUGAUCUGAAUGCCCUGUGGCAACCUCUUGGUAAGGACACAGUUGAAUACUUUACCCUGAAGGAUCUGUGGGACUGCUACAAGGAAUGGAGUGCAUUUGGUGCUGGAACAAAUGUGAUGUUGGAAAGUGGUGAUGAAACUGUGAUGCAGUUCUUUGUUCCCUAUUUAUCAUCCAUCCAUAUCUACAGCGACAAAUCUGUUGUGGCUUCUAGGAACCGGAGAGAGGAGGGCGAUGGAGUCGAAUUUGAAAGUGACUCGUGGAGUGAUGACAGCGGAAGCGACAAUCUAUCUCAGUCACUGAGCAACAACUCAAGCAAAUCAUGGGAUGCUGUGUCUGAGGAGAGCUGUGACCAGGAUGGUUCAUGGCCAAGGAGGGAUAGGCUUGGCUACCACUAUUUACAGUACACUGAGAUGUCUUCGCCAUAUCAGAGGGUUCCACUUGUGGAGAAGAUAGCUGAGUUAGCAAGAAGCCACCCGGCAUUGAUGACCCUGAAGAGUGUCGAUCUUUCACCGGCAAGUUGGAUGGCAGUUGCUUGGUACCCUAUAUAUGCCAUACCAAGUGUGAAGAAUGAAAAGGACUUGGAAACAUGCUUCCUUACUUACCAUACAUUAUCGUCGUCUUUCCAAGAUAACAUGAAGGAAUACGAAGACAUUGAGUUAGGGAAAGGCAUAUGUUGUUGUGGUGGUGGUGCCGCACAGAAGGAGCUAGUAGGAGAGAAAAUGACAAGUGGCGGCGGGUGGAUGUCGGUGCCACCGUUCGGGGCGGCGGCAUACAAAAUGCAGGGAGACAUAUGGGUAAACCCUGAUUCCUGUGAUUCUGAAAGGCUAACAUAUCUUUACAGUGCUGCUGAUUCUUGGUUGAGGCAACUCAAUCUUCAUCACCAUGACUUCAACUUCUUCACCUCUCACUCUUCCUUAUAAAUCUCUUCAACUUCUGAAACACAUGAAGAAAUUGAGGUUAUACUUUUGACAUAGGAGAUGCUUUAUAAGAACAAUUCGGGAGAACAUAGAGCCAAAAAGCAGACUCACACAUGAGCGAAUCUCACCUAACUUUAUAUUUGUCCUUUUUUUUUGUUUAUAUUAUUUCAAAUAAUUUAAGGGAUCAAUCAAAUGAUAGGCAAUAACAGGUAGGAGGUGAGUUGUAUUCUAUUUUAUCUGUUGAAUCCCUUAAAUUAUUUGAAAUAGAUCUUAAUCAUUUUCAAAGUUUCAACUUUACAGUUUUGUAAAGAGGUCAGGCAUUGGUCAAAAAAGUGUACUCUAACUGUGAACGCUGAAUAGUGAAAGAUCUUUUCCUUU